AUGGUAUUAUUUAUAAUUUGUAUUUGUAAUCAUAAAGGUAAUUGUAAUUUUGUUGGUGCCCAAAUUUGAAGAUUUUUUAAAAUAAAUUAUGGUCUACUGAGUUAUUUUUGUGAAAGAAAAGUUCUGAUUUUGUUGGGGUUUCUGUUAUUUAGAUUAAUAUGGAGGUUACACAAGCAAAUUUUAAAGCAACACUACCCGAAAUUGAAACAGCAAUAAAAAAUUGUACAUUCGUAAGCAUUGACACCGAAUUAACUGGUUUGAAGACGUCUCUGAAUAAGAUAAAUGCAUUUGAUACACCUAAACAAUAUUACGAAAAGGUUAUAAAGGAUUGUCGACAAUUUUUGGUUGUGCAGUAUGGCUUAACUUUCUUUAGAUAUGAUGAAGCUGCAGAUGUGUUCAAACAUAAAAGCUAUAAUUUCUAUAUAUUCCGUAAGCCUGUAAGAAAUUGUGUGACCGAUCAAAGGUUUCUGUGUCAAACUUCCUGCAUCGAUUUCUUGAUUAAGAAUGGAUUUGAUUUUAAUAAACUCUUUAAAGAUGGCAUAUCAUAUUUAAAUAAUGUUGAAGAAGAUAUGUACAAAAAUAGUAUAGAGGAAACUGAAAAGAGGAUUAGGGAAUCAUCUAAUAAAAGUUCUGGUAUUAGCAUACCAGCAGAACAUCAAGACUUUGUUGACAGUGUAGUGAAGGAAUUACAAGAUUUUUUGGCAUCUGAAGAAAAUGAGAAGGAAUUGCCAAAAUGUAAUGCAUUUUUAAGACUGUUGAUAUAUCAAGUCGCUAAAGAAAAAUUCCAAGACCAAAUAAGUCUGGAAACAAGGGUAGUUGGAAAGGACAGAAUAUUAUUUGCUAAAAAAUAUAAAAGCCAAAUUGAAAGAAUGGAAAUUGACGAGAAAAAAAUCGAAGAUAUGCAGAAUUCAAUGAACGAUUAUAUUGGAUUCAGUAAAGUUAUUAGAAUGAUUAUAGAAUCGGAAAAGUUGGUUGUUGGACAUAACGUAAUGUUGGAUCUCCUACACACUAUUCACAAAUUUGUAACACCUCUACCUGAAGAUUAUGAUGAUUUUAAAGAAUGCGCAAGUUCUUUAUUUCCAAAAAUCGUAGAUACUAAACAUAUAUCUAGCAGUGAAUCAUUCAAGGAUUUGGUGAAUUCUACUGUAUUAGCCCAGUUAUUGGAAACACUGCAAAAGGAACCUUUUGAAAUGCCCAAAAUAGAGGUUGAAGAGAAUAGUUUGAGUUAUAAUAUAAAUGAUGCUAAAGAACAUGAAGCUGGGUAUGAUUCGUUUAUUACAGGAGUGGCCUUGUUGGGCUUGUGGAAAUAUUUAGGUAUUGAAAAAGGUUCUUUUCACAAUGAUGAUAUUUUUGCAAAUUUGGAAUUCCUAAAGCCUUAUUUGAAUAAAAUUUUCUUGAUGUAUUUGAGUGAUAAUCAGUAUGCCCAUCUCAGUGGUCCAGAUUUGAAUCCAUCCAGAGAACAUGUUUUCUAUCUAACAUUUCCUAAGGAAUGGACUCCGAAUACCAUUGUGCAACUGUUUAGUCCAUUCGGUGGCGUUUACAUUGCUUGGCUUUCCGAAGCUUCGGCUUUUGUGGCGCUGCACAAAAAGGACCAAGCGGCCGUUGCUUUGAAAACUUUGAGUCAAGGCGACACAUACAGUAUCAUGACGUUCGCAAAGAGACAAGCCUUAUUGGCUGGACUAAGGACCAUAGCCCCUAGUCCUAUCAAGAGACGAAAAUCCAUUGAAGGAUCGCUACAGACGAAAAGAAGAAAGACUAACAGUUUUGACGGUGGAAGUUUCUCCAGCUCCAAACGAUCGAUAGAACCUAUAGUGGAAGAGGAACAACAGACGGAUCAAGGAGCUAGUGGUUCUCCUUCAAAACAAGGCUUGUUUGAAGUCGCAUCCAACUGGGAUUAAAGAUAAUUAAAAACAAAAAGUCGAUACGUAUGUGUUAUUUAUUUAUGUUUUAUAUAAAUAAAUGUGCAUAUAAUAA